UUUAUAAACAAAUAAAGCAAAGUAAAGCGCGAAGAUACAUUUGCUAAGACUGGUUAUGCAUUUUGAUGCGAGAGGAUAAUAUUAAAAUAGAAGCAACGAGGCUAACGAUGUCGAUGAUUUUUAGUAAAAAUGACUCUGUACUGCUAGUAGGGGAGGGCAACUUUUCAUUCUCUGCAGCGUUAUCGCGACAAAAUUUCAACAUAGAGCUCGUUGCUACGUGUUAUGAAUCUAGCGCGUGUCAAGAGGCUGCAGAAAGAAAUGUAGAUUAUCUUCGGGAGAAUGGUAUCUGCGUACUGUUCGACGUGGACGCUACAAAAUUGGAGGAAUGUCCCUCGUUAAAGUCGCGACUGUUCGACAAGAUUAUUUUUAACUUUCCACACGUCGGUGGUAAAAUGAGAAUAGAGAGAAAUAGGGACUUGCUGAGAGGCUUUUUUGUGUCGUCUGUAAGAAUGAUGAAGGAAAACGGCCAGGUGUUAGUGACUCUAUGCAACGGCCAAGGUGGAACGCCUAUGGACAAGCCUAGGAGACGUUGGGACGAUUCCUGGAAAAUCGUUGAAAUGGCUGCACAUGGGAAUUUUAUAUUAACGAGAGUAGCACCCUCUUUGUGGCAGUCUUUUCGGGACUAUGUUGUGACCGGCUAUCGCGGUUUAGAUAAGCAAUUUCACACGGCGGGCUCGUUGACACAUUUUUUCAUAAAGAGUGAACCACCCAUGGCGCAUAAUAUCGUACCUAGAAAUAAGAUAAACACUUCUAAAUGCACUGUAGAUAAUAUUACGUGGAAAGACAUGAUAAACAACAUCCAAGAUAAAUCGGAUUGCGAACUCAAAUCGUUGUCUGUUACUGCAUACGUUCAUGAAAGGGAACCUACAGCUAAACCUUUACGCAGUACAAAACCGAAAUCGAAGAAAGACACUCUGCAAUAUUUUGUCGAUAUAAAACCGGUAAAAACAAUCGGAGGACAAGGUGGUGACGGGCAGAUAUCGUUCAUGCGAUUGUGGGUCAAUGAUCGAGCUGGUCCUGAUGGCGGUGACGGCGGGCACGGUGGUCAUGUGAUAUUCCAAGCAACCACGGAUGUGAAGGAUCUCAGGCAUAUAGAUUCCGUGAUCAAAGCUGAGGAUGGAGAAAAAGGCUAUACCAAGGAUUGCUUCGGUAAAAAUGCAGAACACAAAGUGAUAAAUGUGCCCAUUGGCACAAUCGUGCGCGAUGUAGACGGUAGGAUACUAGCCGACCUAGAGAAAAACGGAAUGAUGUUUAUUGCCGCGAGAGGUGGUUCUGGCGGGCAUGGAAAUGCCUUUUUCAAAUCGAAUAGUCAACAGACGCCUGAAAUAUGCGAAUACGGCGCAAUUGGGGAAAAUUUGCAAUAUGUGCUAGAAGUAAGAAGUAUGGCCCAUAUUGGAUUGAUUGGUCUGCCAAAUGCUGGUAAAAGUACACUUUUAAGAGCGAUAUCCAGGGCCAGGCCAAAAGUAGCGGCAUAUCCUUUUACUACGUUAAAACCUCAUAUAGGCAUAAUACAGUACGAUGAUUAUGAACAAGUUGCAGUGGCCGACAUGCCCGGUCUCAUAGAAGAUUCGCAUAAGAAUAGAGGGCUUGGCAUAACUUUCCUUAAGCACGUGGAACGUUGCGCUGCUUUAAUAUUUAUUUUAGACGUAGCACAGACUGAACCGUGGCAAGUUCUGGAAACUUUAAAGCACGAAAUUAGCCAGUUUAAUGAAAGAUUGAAUGACAGGCCUCAAAUUAUUGUAGCAAACAAAAUCGAUUUACCAAAUUCUGAGAUUAAUUUACAGUUACUCAGAGAACAUGUAGAUUUACCAAUAAUUCCUAUCUCUGCCAAGGUAGGAACCAAUAUUUCCACUUUAUUAAAGGAGAUUAGAAUAUUGUACGAUAAUCUUAAAGUUAACGCAGAAGAAAACACUGAACUUUCGAUGUAAUUCUUAUAUAAUAA